CUUAAUUUGUACACCUAAAACAUUACCAGCAUAUCUUUCUUCUUCAAGAAAGAAAAUGGCAACCAAUAACAAGUUGAAUCUAGUUUCAGUAAUCGGAAUUCUUAUCGGAAUUUCAUUACAAUCAGUAGUGGGUCAGAAUUGUGGUUGUGCUGCGGAUUUAUGUUGCAGUCGUUUCGGUUAUUGCGGAACCACAAGUGACUACUGUGGUGCUGGAUGUCAACAAGGUCCUUGCACUGCUCCUCCGCCUACAAAUGACGUUUCUGUUUCUGAUAUUGUCACACCGGAUUUUUUUAAUGGGAUAAUUAGUCAUGCUGAUGGUAACUGCGCCGGGAAGAACUUUUACUCACGUAGCGCGUUUCUUGAUGCUCUGAACUCGUAUCCUCGAUUCGGUAAAGUCGGUAAUCAAGAUGACUCGAAACGUGAAAUUGCUGCGUUUUUCGCCCAUGCAACCCAUGAGACUGGACAUUUUUGCUAUACUGAAGAAAUAGAUGGUCCAACCAAGGACUACUGUGAUGAAGGAAACACACAAUACCCAUGUGUUGCCGGUAAGGGAUAUUACGGCCGAGGACCGAUUCAAUUGUCAUGGAACUACAACUACGGGCCAGCCGGAAACAGCAUUGGCUUCGACGGACUCAACAAUCCAGAGAUAGUGGCUAGUGAUCCCAUCGUUUCAUUCAAGACUGCAUUAUGGUUCUGGAUGAAUAAUGUCCAUUCGAUCAUAACUUCUGGUCAAGGGUUCGGUGGCACAAUUCGUGCCAUCAAUGGGAUGGAGUGUAAUGGGGGCAAUCCAGCAACAGUUCAGGCUAGGAUCAAUUAUUAUAAGACUUACUGUGAUCAGAUUGGUGUGUCUCCUGGGGAUAACCUAACUUGCUAAACUUCUUUUAAUCUGGGUCAAUAAAAUUAAAAUACUACUUCAAUUAACUAAUAUCCCAUCACCAGUAUUUGUACCAUAUAUAAGAAUAAAAAUAAUCGUAAAUUUUUGAAGAUUGCUCCAA